AUGGGAAUGUCUCUGUCGGAAGUGCUGCCCACAAGGUCGUACAUAUUGCCACUCUUAAUGAUACAUCCUCUGAGAGUGCAGAGCUUCUUUUAUGAGAUAUUGGCGGGGAAAUGGGUUCGCAAUGGCUUACAAAUCAAAGGUCAAGCUAUGACUUAUAUACAGGCGAACUUCUGCAAUUCUAUGGCCGACAUGGACCUCUUUUUUCUGCAAAUCUGUGCUACGAACUUGCCACAGUACUUCUUUUUGCAGAACACAAUCGAACUGUUUGGUGUGGGUCAGUGGCUAGAGUUGGCACCACUGAAGCAGCCCCAAAAGAUGGAGCAGUGCUCGAUGCUAGAGGGAUUCCUAACAUUCCUGGCAACGCUUGUUACCAGUCGUACCAAUCUUGGCAACGACGAGGCUACACAAUGUAUAAUUGAGAUCAGCGCUUUACUGGCUACUGAAAAUAAAACACACUCACAACUCUUAGAAUUAAUGCCUGAGAGAUCGGGUAAUGUACAUACGAAAAACUUCGAAAACUUCCUUAAGAAGUUGUCUGUAUAUAAAGCGCCUUCCUCCGGCUCGGAAAACUUGGAACAAGGUCUUUUCACGCCAAUAGAUGAUGUGUGGGAGGAAUAUUAUGACCCUUUGCAUGUGCUACUACGUGCCGUACAUCGGAGGGAUUUUCAAUCUUCCCUCGAUCGGUUUACAAAUUACGUCAAGAGUAAGAAUAAGAUGCCCACGAGCGGUAACUUAUGGCCACCGUUUCGCAUGCCACGUCCUGUAGGCGCUGCUUUCAGCGAUCCAUGUCGCAUUUUGAACUCUCGGGUUUUUCAUUCUACCAUACUUUCAAUUUUGUUUCGGGCGGUGCACUCACGCGAUGUAUCUGAGCAUCUGUUAGCUCUGGCAAUUUUUCUCUUGGAGGUCGCUGUCGAAAAGAGUGAGGACACAAAUGGCGCCAGCAAUGAUAAGGCUGCUGUAGUGGAAUGUGAACCGAAAGGUAAACCCGGAUAUCCAUUUGCAAUGAGGCGGGAUCCGCCCAAACUUUUCCAUUGUUAUCCGACGGAUAAUCUAAGCUGCAAUUUGCGAUAUGUCGUUACGAAACUUUCCUUAAAGUCACACGAGCCGCAGGUUUCGCCAGCGAACUAUCGUUCGAGUCAAUUUUACGGUGAUUUGGAUUAUGAUGUGGAAACAGAGACGACGGCUGCAUUGCCUAUGAUCGGUGGCAGUGAUGACGACUUAGACGACGAUUCGAUGAGUGUGAGUGUGAGUGUGGCGGGCGCAACAUCGACAGCAAUGGUGCGCAUGCAGAAUAUGGAAGUGGCUUUGCCACCGGAUCUCUCUGUGGUGCCCGAACAAGGAUUGGUCAUUAGACAAGAUAGUCAAGAAGACGACACUCUGCGAGACGACGAUGAUGCUAUUGAGGGUGCCGCACCGUCAGUUGGAUUUCGUUUCUCGCUGCAACCUAUCACAUUGCCCGAGAGUGGAAUGGAAGUGGCUAUCCGCAGAGAAUUACAGUUACUGGCUGGUGGUAGUGUAGCGACUGGUGGGAGUGUGGGCGCUAGUGGUACAUCGGGCGGAGGCUUAAGGAGGGCUACGGAAGCUCAACAACAUCCGCAACAGCAAAAUGAAAUGUUUUCACCAACCAGCAAUAAUAGCAACAGCAUGCUGUUGCCAUUUCAGCGGGUGCAACCUGUGGCUGUGCCGGUCGGUAGUAGAAGCAUAGUGCCCACAACAACAAUGCGAGGAGUUUUAGGACGACGCACCUUCGAUUCGAGUACUCGAAAACGGACUACACAGUUAGUAGACAAUGCAAUUGGGGGACAAAACAAGGACGAAGUUCUCAUAGAGGAAAGUAUACUUUCGUUGCUUUUAAAGCUACAUUCUCAACUUAGUGGUACAUUGGAUAGCUUCUCAUUGAGUGAUGUUGAAGAUGAGGAGGAGGAAGAAGAAGAAGAUUCUACAGAAGGGACACAAAUUGAAGAGAGCGACGCGGAAAAUAAGCACAAUAAAAGUGCGACAUGUGAAUUGGGAAAGUCCGCAGCAGCAUCAUCAACAAGUACAUCAGGCAAUGCAAGCGUAUUGAAGGUAGACGAAUGGAGUCAGAAAGCGGGUAACGCUUCGAAUUCUCCUACUGCCAUGGAUAUAGACUGUUCGGAGGCAAGCACUUCGGCCGCAGCUUCCAACUUGAGUUUUGAUUCUAGUCAACGCGAACAACAGUACAGCAGCACAAUAAGAAAGCGAAAUCGUAAUUAUAAAAAAAUACGAGUAUCCGAUUCUCGAAUUGGGGAUGGUCCAUAUUUUAUUGGUAAUCUUAUACGUAAAAUAGCUAAGCGUGAUGAGUUGUGUGCACAAAGCAUUGAUGAGAUACGUUCGCGCCUUUGGCCGAACCAACGAGAAAAGCAAGCGGAGCAAAGGGCCCGCGAAGCCAGGGAAAAGGAGGAACGUCGGAAGCGCGCCCGCGAACGGCAAAUGAAAAUGAUGGAAGAGUUCGCAAAUAAGCAGAAGGAGUUCAUGCAAACGGCGGCGCAUAAUAUGGAGUGUGGCCUGGACGACGAAGACGAUGAUUUGUACGAAGAGCAGCCACGCGAAAAAGAGUAUGACUGCAUUAUUUGCAAUUGCACAACACCCAGCACGGAAUCCAAUCCUAUUGGGCUUGUGGUAUUGGUUGAAUCCAGUGGCAUUGUUGGACAUCGGCGUCGCACCGCUGAACGUUUGCCAUUGCCGCUUUGUCACGAAGACGAGGAGCGCCUAAAGCUGACCACAAGGUUAGCCACUGAGUUCAAUCGACGAACUGAUUUGCUAAGUUUAAAAUUUGGCGAAGAGUCUUGGUAUCUCUCCAACAACAUGGCCUACGAGAAUGGUGUACAUGUUCAAUCGUGUGGCCACCAUGUUCAUCUCACUUGCCUGGAUGCAUACUUGAAAACACUCUACGCCACUCAGCGCCAGCAUCAGCAUGAACGAGGCGAGUUUUAUUGUCCGGUAUGCAGACAGCUCUCUAACUCGGUGUUGCCAUUGAGUCCUCAACUAGACAGGCCCACUCCCAUGGUGCGCUCGGGCACUCAACCUUUCGAGCAACUAGUAGCCGAGUUGACAAACUUAAUCAAAGAAAAUGCGCGCCCAACGCAGACGUCAACGAAACUCUCGGAAGCCAUGGGCCGCGCCAUGGAAGACAUGACAAAUAUAACUCAUCGUAAAAUGAAGCGUGUGCCACCCACGUUUCGAAGUUUAUUUAUCUUUGUUACAUCGAUUGCUCGCACGAACUUAGAGUCUGAAAUUAUACAGCGGGGCGGUUCUCUGUGCACAACUAAUGCAACGCGUUAUAAACCAAAACGUGACUGCAUUGUUCCUCUGUUGCAUGUGUUAUCGGUGCACGUGCGGGUGCUGGUGGAAUGGCCAUUAUGGCGAUCGUGGGCCUCACUUGCUGGAUUACCUGUAACCGAUGCGGCUCCAGUGCCUUCACAUUGUCGCGAACUGAUACCCAGCCUUUUAGCAGAUCCCAUAGCAUUACUUUUGAAAUUUAUUUUAUUAGCUCCGCUACAUCUGGAUCAAGAUUUCUUCACAUGUAUGGUUAAGGUUAUGUACAAUUUGCUCUACUAUCAAAUAGUUGUACAACUUUGUGUUACGCUCACUGAUUUAGAAUGUGAUUAUAUCAUAUCGAAAUAUAACAAGUCUCCUUCCACGGAUGAUGCUGAUACGGGUGGCCGUCGCAACUCAUCACGUUCAAGCGGUGGCAGCUUAUCGAAUAUGCUCUAUUUGGGACGCGCUAUGGCGUUAGUACUGAAUCACACAAACCGUAUGUCACAUUUACGUCGCGAAUGCAUACCCAGUACUUCAACAGCUGCUGCGGCUGCAGCUGCGGCUGCGGCGUUGGCGGCUUCUGCACAAUUAAAUGCAUUAGGCAAUCUUGGAUUUCCGUCGUCCAGCAGUGGAAAUGGAGUUGGUACUGGAGCUUCCAAUACCGAGGUCGAAGUAAAUAUGAAAUCCAUGGAAGCUCAGUUGCAAACUCUUUGCCUACCAUUUCUGCGCAUUGCGGCAUUGCUGAGGCAGCAUCUUUACAGGCACGACAUGCCAGAGAUAUCAGCUCCGGGCUUAGAGUUUGUGCGACUGGUUUAUUACUUGGAACUCGUAACUGAUUCAAUGGACUGGGACUGUUUUAAUGCUUCGAAGGGCCUCUGCUUCAUUGCUGGAACUGAACAAACUCUGCCCAAGUUUUGGUGUGAGCAAUUAAUGUAUAUAGGGCCACCAACCGAUACAGUGCGAGAGCUCGUCAUCAUGAACCAGCAUGCAUCGUGGCAGCAGCCGAAACUCCUCGAGCUACCACGCGAAUAUGAGCGCUUGUUCACGUACUACCACGAACGUCCAUGUCUGAAUUGUUACAAAGUGCCAAAGGAAAGCUCCAUUUGUUUAUUAUGUGGUACAAUUGUGUGUCUGAAACAAACAUGUUGUGCGGAAAAUGAUUGUUGCGAAGCUGUUCGGGUAAGUUCUUGCACAAAUAUUAAUAAAUUAUUUAAUUAAAAUAUAUAUAGUUUCGAUUUUAUGCAGUUAGAAUACCCAGCUUACAGGCUAAUAGAUAUUAUCUCUCUAGCUGUCCCGAGACAAGGCCAAAUCGCAUGGCCAAAACCGUUUGGGGGGUCUCGGGAAGUCUCAGCGCUAAGAAAAAGUCGUGCGUCAGCUGUUUAAUAAGCCUGGGCGCACGGUGCACUGGGAGGUAUACUCAGCUAAUCUUAAUCCAAAAGGUUUAUCAGACAAGUUGAUAGGGAGAGUCUAAAAACUGUCCGUGAACGAAUUUAUUCAAUCUCUGCAGCCGCAUGCCGAAAUUCCCUUUGAGCCGGCACUUGUUUCGGUGAGCGAUCGGUUCUUUCGAUAGGCAUUCUGGUGUGAAUAAAAUGCAGCCACUGUUGCUACAACGAUCCAGUCGAUAAUUUCAGGAGCUAAAAGCCAUUCUGCAUUCAUUUAUCCAUUCUAUUUUGUAUAGAGUGGCACAAAUUGAAGGGCUUCUGCUUGCCAAGUCCUUUUCCACUUGAUCUUUCUAUCGCAGAGGAGGCCUUCCUCUUCCUCUGCUACCACCAGUGGGUUUUGAGUUGAAUACUUUCAAAGCUGGAGUCGCCUUCGCUAAUGCGUAAAGGCCCCUCAUUCUUCCGCAAAAUCUUUCUCUCGACUACUCCAUUGGCCAAGCUUCUGCGCCAUAUAUCAGC